UUUGUAAUUAAUACUUGUUGUGUUAUCACAAGUCUCGUUAUCAUAAAUACUAAAUGGAUUAUGAUGAAUUCCUAAAAAAGAUUCAUGCACAAGUUUUAUUAAUAAAAAGGCAUAUAUUAAACUAUAGUUAAAGCGAAAUCCAAAAUUGCGCGAGGGUUUUAUUAUUUCCACCUGUCAAUAGACUUUUAUUCCUUUAUAAAACCGAUUGUGUAAUAAACUCCAGCUACAAUUGGUUGCAAAUACUAUCGCAGGACAGUAGUCUGCAGAAAUACAUUGUCAAAUUAUUUAUCCAUACCACCUAUGUUUGUUGGUGAUGUUGUGGAAAAAAGUAAGAGCUGUUCGAACGGUGCUGCUAAAGAGCUGUAUCAACCGCCGGCGGCCCGUGAAGUUCCAUUUAAAAGCGUAAUAAACAACGACGAUGCCCAAUCGUCAACGAAAACGUCGACUGAUCGUGCUAAUACAAUUCAAAAUACUAAAAGAACCUCGCCGAAAAACUCUGUAAGUCAACGUGAGCGGAGACCAGAUAGACAAGUAUAUGUGCCUCGAGCGAGACGAGACGCCGUUGCGCAAACAGCCAAUUCUCCCCUUAAGAUGAACCACGAAUCAAGUGAAUAUUCUCAACAAAACAAUUGUGAUAAACUCAAUAUGUACAAAAAUAAAAUGUCGUCCAACAGUAACGAAACAAUUAAUGUAAAAAAAAGUAACUUCGAAAUGAACGGAAACGGUGAUGAUUGGAAAGAUAAGCUAAUGGAUGAGGAUCGGGAUUUGUUCGAACUGCAACGCGCAUCGGAAGAGAUCAACAGGAGUAACAGAAGAAUUAUGAAACAAAGUUUCAGAUCAGAUGUACUCAUCAUUUCCGACGAACAGAAAGAGAGAAAAUCUGAACCUACCAAAUCGGAGAAAAAGACAAUCGAAAACAAACGUAAUGUUGCGUGCACGAAAGAAGAACCUAUUAUAACAGUACCAAAAUCGACACAUUAUGGUACAUCGGAAUCUCACAAAAUAAAUCCGGAAGAGGAUGACUGGGAAGCUAUGUAUGAUGAAAAUGGUGACUGUUUAGAUUCAAAGCUUUGGGAAGACCUCACGCAUAUGGUAGGAAAAGCAACAAUAUCUCCCCAAGAGAGUAAUAGCGAAAAAUCACUUCAAAAUAAAGAUAAGUCAUCUACGAUAUCAGAUGACAGUUUUGCACAUGUUUUAGAAAUCUAUGACUUUCCUGCCGAAUUUAAAACUCAAGAUCUUUUAUCAGUCUUCUCGCCCUACAAAUCGACUGGAUUUGAAAUCAAAUGGGUAGAUGACACGCACGCAUUAGCAGUUUUUAGCAGUGUACAAAUUGCCCAAGAGGCAUUGUCACAAGACCUGCCGUUCGUGAAAACGCGGCCACUACGCGAAGGUACAUCAGAGUCGAGGCAAAAGGCUCGCCGGUGUGCGGAAUUUUUGCAACCGUAUCGCACGAGGCCUGAGACGUGUCCGGCAUUAGCUCGCCGGUUAGUUAGCGGUGCAUUGGGCCUGCGCCUCAAGACGGCAGCUGCGGACCUGGAACGCGAACGCUUGCUGCUUAAAGAAGCCAAAGAAAGAAAAUUAUUAGCAAUCCGCCAAAGAGAUGAAGCGUGGGAGCAAGAAUAUACGACAAGGACAGGAAAAUAAUUUUUUUUAUAAAAGAUUUUACAUAGUAUGAUGGAUAUAAGUUGUAACAAAUUCAAUAUAAAAAGUG